AUGUCGAAGGAACCGGUAGCACCGACUUUUCUCCACAAGCCAAUCCUGCGGCAGGAGGAUGAUGGAAAUCGUCUCGUGUUCGAGUGCGAGCUCAUUGCUAAUCCGAGGCCAACUGUCCAAUGGUUUCGGAAUGAGCAUGAGGUCCUCGACACUCAGAGAACAGAAUAUAAAAUUUUAGAGAAAGCCCCUGGGAAAUAUUACAUUGCUCUGUCUAUCGAUGAUGUAUAUGAACCCGACAAGGGCCUAUAUACUGUGAUGGCCAAGAACCAUCUAGGCGAUGUCAGCUCUUCCAUCAACCUGAACUUCUUGCCCGCCGAUAAGCCGUUCGAGAGGCAAAUAGAUGGGACGGCGCCCACGUUCGUGAAAAAACCCUCGAUCCGCCAGGAGGAUGACGGAGAACUUCUCUUGUUUGAAUGUCGGAUCACCGCCGAUCCGAAACCAGAUAUAUCAUGGUUUCACAACGGAACGCCAGUGGUGGAGAAGGCGGGCCGCUUCAAGAUUAUCGUACAACCGGAUGGCGGACACAACUUCAAUUGCACACUUCAAGUGUCCGAUGUGACAGUAGAGGACGCCGGCAAAUACAAAGUUGUCGCCAAAAAUGAACUCGGCGAAAGCAACGCGACCAUUUCGCUGAACUUCGACAGCGAUGACGCCAACGUUCCGGAAGGCGGCACCAAACCGACGUUCAUCGAGAAGCCUCUGAUCAAGCAGAGCGACGAUGGAAAUAAGAUCACCUUCGAGUGCGCUUUGAUCGCCGACCCCACGCCGACGAUCAAAUGGUUCUUGAACGGUGCUCAUGUGCCCGAAGGCUCCCGGCACAAGUACCGACUGAUCUCCGACAAGCAUAACCACACGGCGGCUCUCGAAGUUUCCAAAGUGAAAGCGGAGGAUGGCGGCGAAUAUAAAGUUGUCGCAACGAACGCUCACGGGGAGGGUCACGCAACGAUCACGCUCAAUUUCGAUGCCGGAAAACCCAAAAUUCCAGAGGGCAAAGCACCUCGAUUUCCGAAAAAACCGACGAUCCGACAAGAAGGGGACUCGCUGAUUCUGGAGUGCGUUUGUGAGGCUCAUCCUUUCCCGGAAGUUACGUGGUAUUUGGGCUCGAAGAAAAUUAUGGAGGGAGCCCGACACAAGACCGCCCGCAAGGAGAUCUCCAAACACACCUAUCAGCUUUCGCUCGAAAUCAGGGAUCCAACGACCGAGGACGGUGGAAGUUAUAAGUGUAAUGCGAUGAACGAACUGGGUGACAGUAAUGCCAAUAUCACUCUCAACCUGCAAGGGGCGGAGCCUCCGAAGACCGGAGACCCUCCAACCUUCACUCAGAAGCCGAAAAUUGUACCCAAAGACGGUGGCGCCAUCAUUCUCAUGGAAGUCCACGUCAAGUCCAAAACUGCCCCACAGUACACGUGGUUCCAUGGAAGCAGCACAGUGAGCGAAUCGGCUGGCCACAUAAAAUUCUCUAUGGAAAAGGAAGGGAGCGACGAAUAUGCAAUUAUUCUAGAGAUCCGUAACCCAGCGAAAGAAGAUGGUGGCAUGUACAAAUGCACUGUUCGAAACGCUGACGGAGAAAUCAACGCAAAUCUCAAUCUGAACAUCGCUGGCGCCCCCGCACCCUCUGGCGAGGCACCUUCAUUUGUCGAGAAGCCGAAGAUCCGAGCGGAAAACGAUGGCAAGCUUAUUAUUAUGGAGUGCAAAGUGAAAGCCAACCCGGAACCCAGUAUCACAUGGUACAGAGAAGGGGUAGUCGUUCGCGAAGGAGCUCGCAUCCGACAAAGUGUGCGUCAGGAGGGUAGCAUAUACCAUUGUAAGCUCGAACUCGUCGACCCCGAGCUCACCGAUGCCGGAAUUUACAAGUGCAACGUGAAGAACACUGCCGGAGAGUCGAACGCCAACCUCACUCUCAAUAUCGAAUUGGCUCCUGUGAUCAAGGAAAGGCCCAAGGUCAUCCGCAGGGAGCACCAAAAAACGAUCAUCAUCGAGUGCACAGUGCAAUCUGCGAAUAAGCCCGACGUGGUCUGGUACAAAGAGAACAGCAUGGUGCGUGAAGACACCCGUCACCAGGUCCAUAUCAAACAAGUCUCUCAAGGCGAGUUCGCCAUCGCCCUUGAAAUUGAGGCCCCCGAUGUUAAGGACAAGGGUGUCUACAAACUGAUGGCAAAGAACACCAAGGGAGAGAGCACGUCACAGACCGUGAACGUCGAAGUCGAGGGACAGAAGGAGGAAAAGAAGAAGGAAGAACCCAAGGGCGAGAAGCCCAAGCUCACCACGAAACUGCAGCGUCUGGAGAUCGAACAAGGAAAAUCCGGUUCUCUCUCUAUCAAGAUCGAAUCCAGAACUAAGUGUACAAUUAUAUGGUAUCAGAACAAAACAGUCAUCCGUGAAACGACGAAGAUCAAGAGCAGUUUCGACGGGAGCACCGCCGAGCUCCGAAUCUCAGAAGCUACCAAAGAAAUGUCGGGAACCUACAGUGUGGAGGUCAAGAACGAAUUCGGAUCCGUGGAGAGCUCAACGGAGGUGGUUGUGAAGGAAGUCAAAAAGGUCGAAGAAAAGAAGGUCGAGGAGAAGAAGAAGGUCGAAGAGAAGAAGGUUGAAGAGAAGAAGGUUGAAGAGAAGAAGGUCGAGGAGAAGAAGAAGGUCGAAGAGAAGAAGAAGGUCGAAGAGAAGAAACCUCCGGCACCAGAGAAGAAACCCGAAGAGAAGACCCCGGUUAGUAUCAACCCGAAAGAGGCUCUUCCGAGACCGGAACCGUCGACCUUGCAACGCACCGGCUCUAUAAAACGAACGGGAUCAGUUAGAAUGCGGAGUCCGUCGUCGACGUCAAGCACACCCGACGCAUCGCGAAGAUCUUCCGCGAUUUCCAAGGAAGACAUCGAUAACAUCUACGAGGCGCUCCAUCAUUCGAGUUCGGGAGAUCAUCUCAAACGAAUGAUGGGCAUGGAAUACGCGACCGAUGCUAGCGAAUCUUCCACGGCGGACGACCUAGCGAAAAUAUUCCGACCGUUCGCUCGAGAAGUCUCACGCGACAGCACCGAGCCGCCCUCGUCUGAUACCCCGACACCGAUUGUUCAUUCGCCCUCGCCGUCUCCGGCACCGUCUUCCCCGCUACCGACGAUCACCAUCGAAGACAUAACCGAAACGACAGCGUCGAGGACCACGACGAAAAAGAGGCCGCCGCCACCCAUUGUGAUAGAAACACCACCGAAGGGAAUAACGCCACAGAGCACGCCCCUGCAAUCGCCGACGCCUUCGACGCGAGAGACAACCCCGAAACGAGGUUGGAAGAAAGUCAAGGUGUUCGCCGCGGACGAGGAGAAGGAAGAACCGAUUUUGCGGCGGCGCAGCAGUGUUUGCGUGGCCCUGGACGCAACCAAAGAUCUCGCGUCCCAACUGGAUACGAUGGAUCCAGCGGGUACGGUGUUGAUUCACGGCCAUGAGAUGGGCGUACAGCAGGCCAAGGACAUGCUGAAGAAAGGACAAUGUCUGGAUGACAAGGGUCAGAUGAAGAAAUUGCGACCGGGAGAAGUGCUCGAAGUACGUCAGAGGCGAAAGUCCAGCGUCGGGGUCGAUCUCCGCAAGGGCAGCAUUUCGGAGGCUGACGGCCGAGUGGACAUGCCAUCCACUCCUCUGCAGCCGACCGGUGACGGCGGACCCCCGGUGAUCGUCGACUACCAGGAGAACAACUCGGCCACUGAGAACGCGACCGGUUAUCUCACAGUCGUUGUAGAGGGCAAUCCCGCGCCUCAAUUCCGUUUCUACAAGGGUGCGUCCGAAAUAUACGAGGGAGGUCGUUACAAAGUGGUGACCGAUGGUUCGACGAAUUCAGUGCACUUCUGCAUACGGAAGUGCAAGAGUAACGACGAAGGCAAAUACACGAUCACUGCCUACAAUUGCCACGGCGAAGAUACCGUCUCGAUGUCUCUGUUCGUGGCUGCCGAGGGUGGAAUGGACUUCCGCGCCAUGCUCCAGCACAGACAAUACGGCAAGUGGGGUCAGAACAAGGGCGACCCGGAUUGGCAACUGAAGGAACGAGAGAAAGAGGAGGAGCUCGCGAAGCUCGCCAAGAAGGUGCCGGACUCUUUCAUCAAGCCUCUUCAAAACGUUCACGUGAAGGAGGGCAAGGACACGAAGGCCAGAUUCGAAGCCGUCUUUUCGAAGAACGGAAUCAAGGGUAAAUGGUUCAAGAACCGCCAGGAGCUCUUCAUGGGCAAGAAGUACAAAAUGUCUUCCACGGGUGAUCUGCACGUGCUCGAGAUCAGCAACCCCACCCAGGACGACGAGGGCACGAUCACUUUGACGUGUCUCGAGACGUCAUGCAAGGCACUGCUCGAAGUAGACGCUCCCGAUCCGGUGUACAAAUUCACCAAGAACUUGCCGAAGAAGGCUGACGUGUACACUAUGAAGGAGAUGGUCCUCGAGUGCGCGUGUAACUCGUCCAAGGCUCAGGUACAAUGGUACAAGAACGACCUGAAGAUCAACGCGUCUGAGAGGUUCCAAUACGAGCAGGACACGUUCGGGAAGAAGAUUCUGCGAGUCUUCAACUUGAACCUCGAGGACACCGGCGAAUACUCCUGCAAGAUCGUCCACACGACCGAAAAGACGCAGUGUAAGGUCACGGUCACCGAACAGAAGUUCCAAUUCAUGAAAAUGCUCAAGUCGCUCAGAAUUCCUGAGAAGGAGCCGGUCACGCUCGAAUGCGAGGUCGAUGAAUGGGAAGCGCCUGUGACGUGGUUCAAGGAUGGAAAGGAGAUCAAGGGUGACAAGCACCUCCAGAUUUCCGCCGAAGGAAAGAAGCGACGUAUUUUCAUCAAGACCUCCAAGGUCGCCGAUGAGGGUCAAUACAUGUGUAAGACCAACGCGGAGGAAACCACCUGCGAGCUCAUCGUUGAGCCCGCCAACCGUUGGCAGAAGAAACUCAAGGACACCACCGGUCUUGAGCGGCAAGACAUCAUCCUCGACGCCGAGUUGAUGGACCGGACCGCACCGAUCAAAUGGUUUAAAAACGGUCAGGAGGUCAAGCCUGGGGGCAACAUCGAGCUUGUCUCCCAAGAGGGCAAACAUCAACUCAUCAUUCGCAACGCCACUCUCGACGACUCGGGUGACUAUUCGAUUGAGACGAAGGAUCUCAAAUCCAAUUGUACCCUCACCGUACAGGAAGCCGAGAAAGCACCAAUCAUCAAGCCCGAGAAAACCGACUACGCUUUCGAUCAGGGCAAGCAGUUCAUCAUCGACGUACCUUACACCGUGACCGGUGUCCGAACUUCCGAAGUCGUAUGCAAGCUCGAAUGCAACGGGACUGUCGUCACGUCGAAAGAUGUCGAUCAGGUGGUCAAGGAGAACACGGUUAUGCUGACAUUCCGCAAACCGCUCCGAGCCUCCACAGGAAAAUACACGAUAUCCUUGAGCAAUUCUCAGGGUCAGGACAGCAAAACUCUGAGCGUCAAUGUCAUGGACGUUCCUGAAAUUCCUGAGGGACCGCUGCAAGUGACGGACAUAUUUAAGGAUCGCUGCAAGCUCGCCUGGAAACCUCCGAAGGACGACGGUGGUUGCCCGAUCAGUCACUACGUCAUCGAGAGGCAGGACUUGAGCGCCAAGGGAGGCUGGACCGAGGUUCUCAGCUCAGAAACAACAAGCGUCAAUGUCACGGAUCUGACAAACAAGAAGGAAUAUAAGUUCAGGGUGCGGGCCGUGAACAAGAAAGGCAAAUCCGAGCCCUUGGUCGCGGAUAAGGCCACGUUGGCAAAAGACCCGUACGACGAACCCACCAAGCCCGGCUCCGUUGAAGUCACCGACUGGGAUUCUGACCGCGUCGAUCUCAAAUGGGAACCCCCGACAAGCGAUGGAGGUGCUCCUAUCGAGGAGUAUAUCAUCGAAGUCAAGGACAAAUUCUCCAACACUUGGACAGAGGGUGCCCGGGUCCCCGCAAGCAAGACUAGCGGUCGCGUGAAGGACCUGAAGGAGGGAGUGCAGUAUGAAUUCCGAGUCCGUGCCGUGAACAAAGCCGGUCCAGGUGAACCGUCAGAUCCGACGAAACCGAUAAUUGCCAAGCCACGUUUCGUGAAGCCAUACAUCAUCGGUGAUGGCGUCAAGGGCAUGAUGGUGAAGAGAGGGGCCACGAUCAAGAUCGACGUGGACUUCGGUGGCGAGCCAAUGCCCACUGUUACGUGGACUUUGAACGGCAAAGAAAUUCAAGAGAUCACCGGGAAGACGACCAUCACCACCGUCGACGACAAGAAGAAGAGCACGCUCCUCGUGACGAAGGAGGCUGUCCGUGCCGACAGUGGAACCUACGAGCUGACGCUCACGAACUCGUCGGGAACUGUCGUCUCCAAGGGGGAGAUCGUCGUACUCGACAAACCCACCAAGCCAAGAGGACCCCUCAACGCGGACAAAGUACGCGAGAACUACGCCGAGAUCUCGUGGAAGCCCCCGGAGGAUAAUGGCGGUUCCGAGCUUAAGAGCUACAUGAUCGAGAAGAUGGACGUGGAGACAGGUCGAUGGGUACCCGCCGGAGAGGUCGGACCCAACGACACGAAGGCGAAGGUCACCGGGCUCCAGAAGGGCAAACGCUACAAGUUCCGUGUGAAGGCCGUGAACAAAGAGGGCUCCUCGGAACCCCUCGAGCUGGACCAGGAAGUGGUCGCGAAGAAUCCCUACGACGAGCCAGGCAAACCGGGUAACCUUGUCAUCGAGGACUACGACAACACGAUGGUUGAGCUCAAAUGGGAGAAGCCUGAAUCCGACGGAGGCCGACCGAUUCUUCAUUAUAUCGUCGAGAUGAAGGACAAGCUCCACACCGAGUACGCCGAGGUUAUGAAGUCCGACGGACCCGUCACGACGGCGAAGGUCACUGGACUGAAGGCAAACACGUCCGUUCAGUUCCGGGUCAGAGCUGUGAACAAAGCUGGGCAGUCGCAGCCUUCCAACGAGACUCCCCCGCAUAUUGUGAAACACAGAAACUUGAAACCUCGCAUCGACCGCACCAACCUGAAGACCGUCAUCAUAAAAACGGGCCGCAACCACACCUUCAACGUGGACAUUAGCGGUGAACCUCCGCCAGAAGUCAAAUGGACUCUGAACGACGUCGAAGUGGUCGCCAACGAUCACAAUGUCAUUAAGAACGUUGAUUACCACUCCGAUUUCGGUAUCGUAAACGCCAUCCGUAAACAGACUGGCAAAUACACGAUCACGGCGACCAAUCGCAACGGAACCGAUAGUGUCACCGUUGAGGUCACCGUGCUCGGCAAGCCGUCCCGACCGGGAGGCCCGUUGGAAGUGACCGAUGUUCGCAAAGAGAGCUGCAAACUCAAGUGGAACCCGCCGGAAGACGACGGAGGCAAACCCAUUCAGUACUAUGAGGUUGAGAAGCUCGACAAGGAAACCGGAAGAUGGACUCGCUGCGGAAAGAGCGACAAGCCCGAGUUCGACGUUCAGGGACUCACACCCGGCAAGGAAUACAUGUUCCGAUGUGUCGCCGUCAAUGACGAAGGAGAAUCCGAGCCGCUCGAGACGACGAAAGGAGUUAUCGCCAAAGACCCAUGGGACGCUGCGAGCAAGCCCGGCAAGCCACAGAUUGUCGAUUAUGACAAUCGUAUGGUUCAGCUCCAAUGGGAGCCGCCGAAGAGCGACGGCGGAGCUCCGAUCGAAAAGUACAUCGUCCAGAAGAAAGACAAAUUCUCACCGGAAUGGGAGAAAAUCGCCGAAUCGAAGGGUCCCGAGCCCAUGGCUCGUGUGGAACCCCUCGUCGAAGGCACAGAAAUGCAAUUCCGGGUGAUCGCGAUUAACAAAGGAGGCGCCUCGGAACCGUCAGACGCCACCGACCUCCACAAGGUCAAGCACAGGAAACUCAAACCUUACAUCGAUCGAACCAAUCUGAUCACCACCAUGGUGAAGAAAGGCAAGCCGAUCCACAUCGAUGUCAACGUUCGCGGUGAGCCUCCUCCGAAGAUCACAUGGCUUCUGAAGGGCGCUGAAGUCACCACGAAAAGCAAUGUCGAGGUCAUCACGGUGGACUACCACACGGAUCUGAAGAUAAAGGACUCGAUCCGAGCGAACUCGGGGGUCUACAAGAUCACAGCGGUCAACGAGCACGGCAAAGACGAAGCCGAGCUCGAGAUUUGCAUCCUCGCCGCUCCCGCUCGCCCUGGAGGCCCCUUGCAGGUGACCGACGUCACCGCCAAGGGCUGCAAACUCAAAUGGAACAAGCCGGAGGACGAUGGCGGUAAACCGAUCCAGGCCUACAUGAUCGAGAAGAUGGACGUUUCCACAGGCACGUGGGUGCCGGUGACUCGUGUCGACCCCGACGAGACGGAGUGCCAGAUCGGCGGAUUGAUGCAGGGUAAAGAGUAUCAGUUCCGCGUGAAGGCCGUGAACGCCGAAGGGGAAUCUGAGCCGUUGGUGACAGACCACGCCACGGUGGCCAAGAACCCAUACGAUCCGGCCGGACCGCCCGGGAAGCCCGAGAUCACCGACUGGUCCGAGAAGCACGUCGAUCUCAAAUGGACGCCUCCCAAGAACGACGGAGGUGCCGCGAUCACCGGCUAUCUGAUCGAGGCAAAGGAGAAAUUCUCCUCACAAUGGGUGGAGAUGGCGACCACGACAACGAACAAGCCCGAGGGUAAGGUCGAGGGCCUGAUCAAGGGCAAGGAAUAUCAAUUCCGAGUCAAGGCUAUCAAUAAGGCGGGUCCUGGAGAACCCUCCGAGCCUACAAGGAACCAUCUCUGCAAAGAGAGACAUCUCGCACCUCGAAUCCUGCGCGAGAAACUCGAGAAUGUCACCGUGCGUGCGGGACAUCUCGUGAAAACUCUCGUCGAGGCCAUCGGGGAGCCCGCUCCCACCAUCGUGUGGUCGUUCAAGGGAAAGCCGUUGGAGAAGAACGAAAACUGUAAGAUCGAUGAGGAACCGUACAAGUCGUUCCUCACACUCACCAACACUUCCAGAAAGAAGUCUGGAAAAUACACCAUCACGGCCACGAACGAGUCCGGUGUUGACGAGGCCACGAUCGAUAUCAACAUCCUGGACAAACCCUCGCCCCCGGAGGGACCUCUCGAGGUGAGCGACGUGCACGCAGAUCACGUCAAGCUCUCGUGGCGUGAACCCAAGGACGAUGGCGGUCUGCCCAUCGAGAACUACAUGAUCGAAAAAAUGGACGUUGAAACCGGUAAAUGGGUUCCUGCCGGAAAGGUCGGCAAGGACGAAACCACCGCCGUUGUCAAGGGUCUCGAGCAAGGCAAGAAAUAUCACUUCCGGGUGAAGGCAGUGAACGACGAAGGCUCUUCAGAGCCCCUGGAAACCGAUCACGCCACUCUGGCCAAGAACCCCUACGAUGUUCCCGGAGCUCCUGGAACGCCGGUCGUCAAAGAUUACGACAAGGACUUUGUUGAGCUCAAAUGGGAAGCGCCGACACGCGACGGGGGUGCCCCGAUCACGGGAUGGAUCAUCGAGAAGAAAGACAAGUACGCCGCCGAGUUCAUGCCCUGUGCCGAAAUCCAGGGAUCUGUCCCUCAGGGUAAAGUGACGGGACUUACCGAAGGCGAGAAAUACGAGUUCAGGGUUCGCGCCGUGAACAAGGCCGGUAAGGGAGAGCCUUCCGAAGCUACUCAGCCGAUCCUGGUCAAGCACAAGAACCUCAAACCGAGAAUCGAUCGAACCAAUCUCAAGACAGUCAUCGUGAAGACCGGUCAGACCGUGUUCUUCGACGUCAACGUCCGCGGUGAGCCUCCACCGACCAUCGAAUGGUUCCACGGGAAAUCCGAGACCCCGCUCUCAUCCGGGGAAGUAUAUACCAUCAUCAACGUAGACUACAACACCAAAUUCACGAUGCUCAAAGCCACUCGGAAACUCACCGGCAUCUAUAGAAUCAAGGCCACAAAUCGAAACGGUACCGAUGAGGCCGAAGUCGACAUCACGGUGCUCGGCAAGCCGAGCCGCUGCGGAGGACCGCUCCAGGUCAGCGACGUGAAGAAGGACGGCUGCAAACUCGCGUGGAAACCUCCCGACGACGAUGGAGGAUGCCCGAUCGAGUGCUACGAAAUCGAGAAGAUGGACGAAGAAACCGGCAAAUGGGUGCCGUGUGGUCGCAGCACCGAGCCCAACUUCGAAGUUAGGAACCUGCAGCCGGGCAAGAGCUACAAGUUCCGAGUCCGCGCCGUGAACAAAGAGGGAGACGGUGAAGAGCUCGAGACAGAAAAAGGAACGCUGGCCAAGGAUCCCUUCGACCCGCCGAGCAAAAUGGAUAAGCCGGAAAUCACCGAUUGGGACAAGGACCGUGUCGAGCUCAAGUGGGAGAAGCCCAAGGACGACGGAGGCGCGCCGAUCGAGAAAUUCAUCGUGGAGAAGAGGAAGAAAGGAGCUCAGAAAUGGCACAAGGCCAAGGAAGUUCCUGGAACUACCACGACGACGACUGUCACCGAGCUCGAGGAAGAGGAAGAAUACGAGUUCCGCGUAACAGCCGUGAACAAAGCCGGUCCCGGCGAGCCGUCGGAUCCGUCUCGAUCCGUAAAAUGCAAACCACGUCGUCUCGCUCCCAAAAUCGACCGAACCAAUCUCAAGAACAUCGUCAUUCGCAACGGUCAGGGAUGCAAAUUCGACGUCGACGUCAAGGGAGAGCCCGCGCCGACGAUCACCUGGACGCACGAGGGCAAGCCGAUCGCCAGCGAUGAUCACUUCAAGAUCGACAUCGAGGAGUACCACACCCUGCUGGUGCUCACUCAGGCCCAGAGGAAAUUGCACACUGGAAAGUACACGAUCACCGCCAAGAACGAACACGGCGUCGACGAGGCUACCGUGGAGAUCAAGGUCGUUUCCAAACCCACCAAACCGAAAGGACCUCUCGAAGUCAGUGACGUUCAUGCCGAGGGUUGUAAGCUCAAAUGGGACAAACCCGAAGACGACGGUGGGGAGCCCAUUUCCCAGUACCUUAUCGAGAAGCUCGAUACCGAUACUGGUCGUUGGGUGCCGUGUGGGACCAGCAAGGAGCCCGAAGCGGACAUCAAGGGUCUCAUUCCUGGCAAGGAGUACAAGUUCCGCGUCAAGGCCGUCAAUCCCGAGGGUGAAUCCGAGCCUUUGGAGACGGACAUGGCUAUCGUGGCGAAAAAUCCCUUCGACGAGCCUGGCAAGCCCGGAAAACCGAAAGCCACGGACUGGGACAAGCACUUCGUCAAUCUCAAGUGGGACGCGCCCGCAUCGGACGGCGGAGCCCCGAUCACGAGCUACAUCAUCGAGAAGAAGGAUAAGCACUCGACCAAAUGGCAGAAAGCCGCCGAGACCAUCGGAGACGCUUGCGAGUGCCGCGUGAAUGACCUCAUCGAAGGCAUGGAAUACGAGUUCCGGGUCAAGGCAGUCAACAAAGCCGGUCCCGGAGAACCCUCCGACCCGUCAGACAAAGUCAUCGCUAAACCUAGAAACCAAAUUCCGUCCAUUGACCGAUUGGGUCUGAAGGACAUCACUCUCCGAGUCGGCCAGACGCUGAAGUACGACGUCAAGGUCGGCGGCGAACCUCCCCCGACCAAAUCCUGGUUCCGAGAAAACGAGCAGCUCAAGAACGACAACCGGACCAAGAUCGAGAGCGAAGACUACAGGGCAAAGCUCACCAUCACCAACGUCACCAGAAAAGAUACCGGAAUCUAUAAGCUGGUCAUCAAGAAUGUCAACGGAGAGGAGGAUGCUGAAGCCCGAGUCACCGUUCUGGAUAAGCCCGGAGCUCCCGAAGGUCCUCUCGACGUGACGGAUGUCCAUGCGGAGGGCUGCAAACUAAAGUGGAAACCACCACUCGAUGAUGGUGGCAUGCCACUCGAUGGUUACGUCAUCGAGAAAAUGGACACCCAGACGGGACGCUGGGUUCCUUGUGGGCGCACCAUGGGUAACGAUUUCAAUGUGGAAAACUUGACGCCGGGUCAGGAGUACAAGUUCCGCGUCAAAGCCGUCAAUCCAGAAGGCGAAUCCGAACCCCUCGAGAACGAAACCGCCGUUGUCGCCAAAAAUCCCUACGAUCCUCCUGGUGCGCCUGAGAACGCGGAGGUCACGGAUUGGGACAAGGAAUGGAUGACCGUGAAGUGGGAACCGCCGCUCAAGGACGGCGGGAACCCGAUCCAGAGCUACAUUGUCGAGAAGAAAGAGAAAGGCAGCGGAGUUUGGACUAAAGCCGCGACCGUCGACGGGAACACCACGACCGCUAAGGUUGUUGAUUUGAUCCCCGGCGAGACGUACGAGUUCCGCGUGAAGGCUGUGAACGCCGCUGGUCCCGGAGAACCGUCGGAGGCGACCAAGCCACAAGUGGCCAAGCCUCGAAGAAUGGCUCCAAAGAUCGACCGCCGAAACUUGAGACCAGUGACGAUCCGCGUAGGACAAGUGUUCGAAUUCGAUGUCAAGGUCGAGGGUGAACCCGCCCCCACCUGCACUUGGAUUCUCGACAAGAAAGAAGUCCGGGACCACGGGGCCGUCAUCAUCGAGAACAAGCCUUACCAAACUAAAUUGAGCUGCGACCGCGCCGAACGGAAGGAUGCCGGCAUCUAUAAACUCGUCGCAAGGAACGAGUACGGCGUGGACGAAGCCGAAGUCGAAGUGCAGAUUCUCUCGAAACCGAGUGCGCCCGAAGGCCCGCUCGAAGUCUCUGACGUCAACAAACACGGCUGCCAUCUGGCCUGGAAAAAACCCAAGGACGACGGGGGAGAACCGAUCGACCACUAUGUCAUCGAGAAGCAAGAUCCUGAUACCGGUGCGUGGGUUCCCAUCGGGAAGAGUCACGGCACCGAUUUCGACGUGACCGGACUCACGCCUGGCAAGAGCUAUAAGUUCAGGGUGAAGGCCGUGAAUCGAGAAGGUGAAUCCGAGCCUCUCGAGAGCCUUCUGCCGAUCAUUGCGAAGGAUCCGUACGAUGCCCCUGGAGCUCCAGGACAACCCGAGCCGACGGACUGGAAUAGAGACCAUGUCGACCUUAAAUGGGCCGCGCCCGAAUCGGACGGCGGAGCACCGAUCUCCCACUACAUCAUUGAAAAGAAGGAGAAGGGUUCAAGCAAGUGGGACAAGGCCGGUGAAACUAGUGGUCCAGUCUGUCAAGGCACCGCCGCCUUCUUGGAUGAAGGGAAGGAGUAUGAGUUCAGGGUGGUUGCCGUUAAUGCUGCUGGUCCCGGAGAGCCCUCGAUGGCGUCUAGGCCGGUCAUCGCCAAACCGCGAUUCCUGGCUCCUCGCAUCGAUCGCAAGAACCUCAACGAGCUCAAGAUCAAGGUGGGCGAACCGAUCCGCUUCGACGUCGAUAUCACCGGGGAGCCCGCGCCCGACGUUCAGUGGCUGCUGAACGACAAGGAGAUUAGCGACACGAAGCAUCGAUCCAUCGAAAACGUCCCGUACAACACAAAGUUCGGUAUCCGCCGAGCGACUCGCGAGGACGCGGGUCGGUACACGAUUGUCGCCACGAAUUCGAGCGGAGAAGACAGAGCUAGCGUCAGCGUCACGAUUUUGGACAAGCCAGGGGCUCCGGAAGGACCUCUCGAAAUCAGCGAGGUUCACAAGGAGGGAUGCAAACUCGCUUGGAAACCCCCCAAAGAUACUGGAGGAAUGCCCCUUGACGGCUACGUCGUCGAGAAGAUGGACACCGAAACAGGACUGUGGGUACCUGUCGGGAAAACCAAGGAACCCACGAUGGAGGUCGCUGGUCUGAGUCCGGGUCACGAAUACAAGUUCCGGGUGAAAGCUGUCAACAAGGAGGGCGAGUCCGAACCGCUCGAAGCCGACAAGGCCAUCAUCGCGAAGAAUCCGUUCGAUCCUCCGGGUAAACCUGAGGAUCUCAAAGCGACGGAUUGGGACAAGGACCACGUCGACCUCGAAUGGAAGAAGCCCUCGGACGACGGCGGUGCCCCCAUCGAGAAAUACAUUAUCGAAAAGAAGGACAAGUUCGGCGAUUGGGAACCGUGUCUGGAGGUACCCGGCGACGAACAGAAGGCGUCCGUCAAGGGUCUCGAAGCCAACAAGCCGUACGAGUUCCGUGUUCGUGCCGUGAACAAGGCCGGACAAUCCGAGCCUUCGAACACGAGCGGACAGAUAAUCACCAAACCGCGCAAACUGCCCCCGAAGAUCGAUCGCACCAACUUGGAGAAGGUCAGGAUCAGAGCCGGGCAGAACUUCUUCUACGACAUCAAGGUCGAAGGCGAGCCCGCUCCAGAGACCACCUGGACACUCAAGGGUGCCAAGGUCACGAACACCGAGCGCACGAAGAUCAGAGAUGAGCCCUACAACACGAAGCUCAACUGCCGCGGAGCGACUCGCGCCGAGAGCGGAAUGUACAAGCUCAAAGCCGUUAAUCCAUGGGGCGAAGACGAGGCCGAGGUCGAGGUCAUCGUUCUCGACCGGCCGGGACCGCCGAACGGACCUCUCAAAAUCGAGGACGUACACGCCGAGGGCUGUUCGCUCAAGUGGAAACCACCCUCGGACGAUGGUGGCGUUCCGAUCGAUCACUACGUCGUUGAAAAGAUGGACAUGGCUACAGGUCUCUGGACUCCCGCAGGCACCACGAGAGGCAGCGAGUGUGAGCUCGGAGUGGACAAUCUCACUCCCGGCCACUCGUACAAAUUCCGCGUCAAGGCUGUCAACAGACAAGGCGAAUCCGAUCCCCUUGAAGCCGACAAACCAAUCCUCGCCAAAAAUCCAUUCGACACUCCCGGGAAGCCUGGAACUCCCGAGAUCGCCGAUUUCGACAAAGAUUUCGUUCAGCUCAAAUGGACCGCGCCCGAGAGCGACGGUGGCUCACCCAUUACCGGCUAUAUCAUCGAAAAGAAGGAUAAGUACAGUCCCGACUGGACUCCAUGUGGAGAAACGGGUCCCGAGUGCCAGGGAACCGUGAAGGAUCUCAUCGAGGGUCAGGAGUACGAGUUCCGAGUUGUGCCCGUGAACAAGGGCGGCCGCGGGGAACCUUCGGACUCGACUGGCAAACAUCUUGCUCGACCGAAGAACCUCGCUCCCAAAAUCGGCCCGAUGUCGGACAUCAAGAUCAAGGCUGGGAAGAAUUGGGAACUCGAAGUUCCCGUGGCUGGAGAGCCGGUCCCCACAACCAAGUUCGAUUUGGGCGGGAACUCUCUGGAGGACUCGCCGCGUUUCGUCACCGUCCACUCACCACACAGAGCGAAGAUUUCCCUUCAAGGAGCGAAGAGGGAAGACAGCGGAGAGUUACAAUUGGUGGCGUCCAAUGUUAACGGCACUGAUAGACGUACCGUGAAGUUCACGGUUGUCGACGUUCCCACGGCUCCGGAGGGUCUCGCUGCGAGCAACGUAACCCGCGAUGGCUGCGAGCUCAGUUGGAGGAAACCGAAAGACGACGGCGGAUGCAACAUCCUACACUACGUCGUGGAAAAGAAAGACAUCGAUUCAGGAAACUGGACCAUGGUCGCCGAAACUCCGGGACUCGCCUGCAAGGUUGAUCGACUCCUCGAAGGUCACAGCUAUCUUUUCCGAGUGAAGGCGGUCAAUCACGAAGGGGAUUCGCCUUAUUGCACAAUCAAAGAGCCUGUCUUGGCUAAGAAUCCCUACGACACUCCCGGUAAACCUGCGCCGCCCGAAGUCAAAGACUGGGACAAGGAUCAUGUCGACCUGGAAUGGCGUGCGCCGCGCGACAACGGAGCACCGAUCAAGGAAUAUAUCAUCGAGAAGAGGCCCAAGGGUCAAUUGGUUUGGGAGGAAGGUGCCCGCGUUCCCGGAACCGAACUCAAAGGAACCGUCCCGGGGCUCACAGAGGGUCAGGAAUACGAGUUCAGGAUCAUUGCCGUCAACAAGGCCGGACCUGGAGAACCGUCGGAUCCUUCCGACAUGGUCAUGUGCAAGCCUAGACGCCUUGCUCCGUCUCUGGACAUGUCUGCCCUGAAGGAUUUGAAGAUCAAGGCCGGUCGUCCGAUCAAUUUCACGAUUCCCAUCAAGGGUGAACCCACUCCGAAAGCGACGUGGACCAUCAAUGGUCAGCCGGUCACUGCCAGGGUCGAUUGCGCGACGAGCUCUACGCUCUGCACGCUCGACAUUCCUGUGUCUGUGCGGGAUGACAGUGGAAGGUACACUUUGGAGUUGAAGAAUGAAUACGGAACCGCAUCCGGAACUGCCCAGGUCACCGUGAUGGAUCGCCCGGGUCCGCCCGAGGGACCUCUCAACGUCGGAACCGUCACGAGGGACAGCGCCGAAAUCUCAUGGCAAGUCCCGAAAGACGACGGUGGCUGCCCGAUCAGCCACUAUGUCGUGGAGAAAAUGGACACCACCAGAGGGACGUGGGUUGAAGCUGGUCAGACACCGAACUUGAACUUCAGAGUUCCCAAACUCGUUCACAAGAAAUCCUACCAGUUCCGUGUAGCUGCCGUCAAUGAAAUGGGUCAGUCCGAGUAUCUGGAAACCACCCGACCGAUCGUCGCCAGAGAUCAGUUCGAAGCUCCCAGCCAACCCGGCCGUCCGGAUGUCGUGGAUUACGACAAAGAUCACGUGGACCUCGAAUGGACCGCGCCGAAAGACGACGGAGGAAGCCCAAUUCAGAAAUACAUCGUUCAGAAGAGGGAACGCGGUAAUCCUUUCUGGAGCAAGGGAACCGAGGUUCCAGGCAACACCCUAAAAGCCACGGUGCCGGAUCUUCGCGAAGGUCAGGAUUACGAAUUCAGGAUCAUCGCUGUGAACCAAGGAGGGGAGUCCGAACCCUCCGAUCCGAGCCAGAUGGUCACAUGCAGGCCGAGAAAACUCCCGCCGAAGAUCCUCUCUCCCAUGAAGGAGAUGAAAUUGAAGGAGGGAGACAAACUGCACCUGGACAUCAAGUUCGAAGGGGCUCCGACACCCUCGAUCACGUGGACUGUGAACGGAAAACCGCUGUCGACCGAUAUGCGAGGCAGCAGAUCCGAUUACGAUGAUCAUACGAUUGUCAACAUCGUUGACGUCAAACGUGACGAUGCUGGAGAGUACAAGCUCCACCUCAAGAACGAAUUCGGUGAGGACUCCGGUGUUCUCAAACUCGUCGUUCUCGCACCACCCGGACCGCCUGAAGGACCACUGUCAGUCGAAGAAAUCGGCAAGGACAGAUGCACGCUUUCGUGGAGACCUCCCAAGGACAACGGGGGAAGCGACAUCACUGGGUACGUGGUGGAGAAACGCGACAAGAGUGGUGGUGGCCAAUGGAUGCCGGCAGUUCAGUACGUGGCGCCUCAUAGCACGACGUGCAUCGUACCCAAGCUCAUCGAGGGGCAUGAGUACGAGUUCCGAGUUCGUGCCGAAAACGAACAGGGUCUGUCGGAGCCGCUCACCACCGAUAAGCCCAUCAUUGCAAAAUCGGCGUUCGGCGUUCCCGGACGUCCCGGGCAACCCGAAGUCGUGGACGCCGAUCGUGACUUCAUCAAGAUCAAGUGGUCGCCGCCCGCCAGCGACGGAGGAUCCCCGAUCAAGGGGUACGACAUCGAACGCAAAGAUCUCACGAAGGCCGGUAGAUGGAUCCGCCUCAACCGGGACCCUGUGGGCAGACUCGAUUACACCGACGACACCGUCAUCGACGGUCAUCAAUACGAGUACCGCGUGGUGGCAAGAAAUGCCGCAGGACCCAGUGAGCCGUCUCUCCCGAGCAAACCCAUCACUGCCAAACCGCUCAAAGAGAAGCCCAAGCUCCACUUGGACGGUCUCUACGACAAGACGAUCCGUCUCAAGGCUGGAGAGCCGCUGAGGAUCUCGUUCCCGCUCACCGGAUCGCCGACGCCCACCGUUUCCUGGCAAUGCGGAGGGGCCGAUAUCGCACCGACGAAUCGUAUCGUGCAUUCGUUCAAGGAUGAAAUCGUCAAGUUCGAUAUCCCGGAGACCAAGAGAUCGGACACCAACAAGUACACGGUCACGGCAAAGAACGCUCACGGGGAGGACAGCGCUGUCAUCGACGUGCUCGUCUACGACAAACCCGGGCCCCCUCAAGGACCGAUGGAGUAUCCGAACGUACGCGCCAACGAGAUCACCUUGAAAUGGCGCAAGCCGCUCGACGAUGGAGGUUCCGAGAUUAUCGGGUACAAAAUCGAAAAAUGCGACGCCAACAGCGACUUCUGGACCUCUGUGCCAGGCUUCUGUCCCGGCCAUCAACUCGAGUUCAAGGUCAAGGGACUUACCGAGGGCAAAAACUACAAGUUCCGCGUUCGCGCUGAAAACAACUUCGGAGUGUCCGAGCCUCUCGAAGGCAAACCGGUCACGGCGAAGAAUCCCUUCGAUGUUCCCGACGCUCCCGGACAGCCGCAGAUCACCGAUUUUGGAAGAAAUCACUGCGGUCUCAAGUGGACACCGCCCCUCAACGACGGUGGCCGUCCUGUCGAAGGCUAUAUCAUCGAGAAGAGGGAGAAAGGCUUCCCGGACUGGACGAAGGUCAAUCUCGUUCCUGUUCCCGAUACCAAAUUCGACGUACCGAAUCUGAUCGAGGGUAAAACGUACGAGUUCCGGGUGAUCGCUGUCAACGAAGGAGGACCGGGAAAACCGAGCAAGCCUUGCGAGCCGUUCCUCGCCAGAGAUCCGAAGUACCCGCCGAGCGCUCCGGACAAGCCUCGUGUCGACAAAGUCACCAAGGACUCGUGCAAGCUGUCGUGGAACAAACCUCGAGAGGACGGCGGCUCGAAGAUCAAAGGGUACAUCAUCGAAAAACGCAAGAAGGGCGACAAGGACUGGACGAGGGCGAACGCUGUCCCGUGUCCGGACCUCACCUACACGGUGCCGAACCUCAACGAGGGCGACGAGUACGAAUUCCGAGUCAUUGCCACCAACGAUAUCGGAGAUUCUCCGCCUUCUCAGCCCACGGACAUCAUCCGCAUCGAAGAGCAGCCGGAUCAACCUCGUUUCGAGGCCGGAGCCCUCAAGGAUGUCACGAUCCGGGCCGGUCAGAACUUCACGCUCAAUGCGAAGUUCACCGGCUUCCCGAGACCGGAAGCCACGUGGUCAAGGAACGACAACGAGAUCGCCGUCGAAAAAGACAUCCGCAUCAAGGCUAGGACCGAAGACACGUUCGCCGAGUUUACGGUCACCAACGCUAAACGCGAGGACGGUGGUCAGUACAAACUGCAGCUCAAGAACAAACACGGCUUCGACACCGCCUACUGCAAAGUCACUGUUCUCGAUCGGCCCGGACCGCCGCAGAAAUUCCGCGGGGAAGACGUGGACGGCGAUGCGCUCACGCUGCGUUGGUCUCCACCGUUGGAGGACGGAGGUUCUCCGGUGACGAACUACGUCCUGGAAAAGAGGGAGCACGGAACCAAGUCGUGGUCUCGCGUUGCGGGAUACGUUGUCGAGACGAACUACCGGGUCCGCGGUCUGACCGUGGGCAAGAAGUACGAAUUCCGGGUGAUGGCCGAGAACAAAUACGGAACGUCCGACCCGACAGAAUUGGACGAGCCGAUUCUGGCGAAGUACGGUUUCGACGUUCCCGGAGCUCCUGGAAUUCCUCGUGGUAUCGAUUCCUCGAACGACUCGAUCACCCUCAAUUGGACCAAGCCCCGAAGCGAUGGAGGUUCCCCGAUUAUCGGUUACAUGCUCGAGAGACGUAAGAAGGGCGAGAGCAAAUGGCUCAAAGUCAACAGCUAUCCCCAUCCCGAACUCACUCUCCGCGCUGACGGUCUCGUUCAGGAUCAGCAAUACGAGUUCCGGGUCGCGGCUGUCAACGCCGCUGGCCAGGGUCCGUAUUCGGAGAAUUCGGAGCCCAUUUACGCCCGACCGCCUCCGUGCAGACCGAAGAUCGAUUCUGGUUUCUCGAUGCGCGAUAUCGUUGUCAUGGCGGGAGAUCCGUUCACGAUCAGGGUUCCUUACGUCGGCAUACCGAUACCGGAAGCCGAAUGGAGCGUCAAUGGAACCGUGAAGCUCCCCAAGGACGACGAGAGAAUCCACACCGAAAUCAACGCCAACUUCGUCGUAUACCUCAACAAGAAGGCCAAGCGAGACGACUCCGGAAAGUACGGGCUCACGCUCAAGAACGAUCAGGGCUCAGACAGCCAGGCGUGCAAGGUCCUAGUCGUCGACAAGCCGGGCCCGCCCCAAGCACCUUUCGAGCCUUCGGACAUCACUCCCGAGACGUGCUCACUUUCCUGGAGACCGCCCCUCGACGAUGGUGGAUCUCCGAUCACGAACUACAUCGUCGAGAGGAUGGAUGUCGCCACGAAGAUCUGGAUAAAAUGCAAUGCGUUCAUCCGCGGUUGCCAUUACGACGUCAUGGGAUUGGAACCCAACCAUCAAUACCACUUCCGCGCGAUGGCCGAAAAUCAAUACGGUGUAGGUCCGUACAUCCAGACCGCCAACCCGAUCACUGCCAAGUUCCCCUUCGACCCUCCGUCGCCGCCCGGAAAGCCGGACAUUGUCGACCACGACAGCAGCAGCGUCCAGCUCAGCUGGUCGAAGCCGACGUCGGACGGUGGCUCGAAGAUCCAGGGCUACCAGGUCGAGUACAAAGAGCCCACCGAGGGCAGAUGGAGAAUCGCCAACGAGGCUCUGGUUAAGGACUGCCGUCUCACCGUACACGGUCUCAUCGAAGGUCGAACUUACGAGUUCCGCGUCAAGGCCAAGAACGCGGCCGGUUUCUCGCUGCCAUCGCCACCGACCGAAUCUUUCAAGCUCUGCCCCAAGUUCACCGUUCCCUCGCCUCCUCAGAACCCGCAGGUCACGAAGGUGGGUCGGGCCUACAUCGACCUCGCCUGGGAGAAGCCUCGUUCGGACGGCGGGUCACGCAUCACCGGAUACAUUAUCGAACGCAAAGACGUCACCUCGUCGUUCUGGUACACGGUCACCGAGUACCCGGCGACGGACCUCACGUUCUGUGACUCCCGCGUCAAGGAGGGCAUCGAAUACGAAUACCGAAUCAUCGCCGUCAACGCAGCCGGCCGCUCGGACCCAAGCGCGUGCACCAGUCCCGUCAAAGCGACAGACGUCGAAGACGGAACCCUGCCGGAGUUCGUGCGUAAACUCUACGACAAAAACGUCACCAUCCGGAAAGGAGCCGUGCUCGAAUGCGAGGCCAUCGGAAAACCUCUGCCGAAGGCGCGCUGGCUGAAGAACGGUCGAGACGUCACCUCCUCGGCUCGCAUCAAAUGCGUCGAUAAAGGUCAAGGCGUAUUCCAGCUCGUGUUCGAAGAGGUCGAGGAUGGCGACGAAGGCGAGUACUGUUGCGAGGCGAGCAACGCCAUGGGAAGCACACGCACGCGGUGCACGGUGAGGAUCGCCGCGCCUCCGAGGAUCGAGAGAUGUCCGAACGACGUGUUCUUCCCGGAGCACGACAACGGCAAGAUCAAGAUCUACUUCUCGGGCACGUCGCCGUUCGAGGUCACGCUCUUCAAGGACGGUCUCGAAGUCAAGGACACCAGCGACUUCAAGGUCACCGUGUUCGAUGACUACGCGAUCGUGUUCCUGAAGGAUAUCAAGAAAGACAAGGAGGGCAAGUACCAGAUCCAGGUGCGUAACGACUCCGGAAUGGACACCGGCUCGUUCAACGUAUGGGUCACCGGACUGCCCGGGCCGCCGAUCGGUCCCUUGGAGCCGUCGGAGAUCACGCAACACACGUGUCAUCUGUCCUGGCAUCCGCCCAAAUUCGACGGCGGAUGCAGGGUCACCCAUUACGUCGUCGAGCGCAAGGAAACCUCCCACGAUCAAUGGGUCGUAGCGACGAGCUGCUGCAAAGACACCCAGUUCACUUGCCAGGGACUGCAGGAGAACGGCGAGUACAGUUUCCGCGUAAUGGCGGUCAACGAGAACGGAAUGUCGAUUCCUCUCGAGGGUGCGAACCCGAUCAUAGCGAAGCUGCCGUUCGACCCGCCGGGUCCUCCGGGAAUUCCUGUCAUCACCGAGGUCGGCGGAGACUUCGUCAAUCUCUCAUGGACCAAGCCCGAGAACGACGGAGGAGCUAGAAUCCUCGGUUACUACGUCGAGAAACGCGAGGUCGGCUCGAACCUGUGGCAACGCAUCAACCAGAACUACCUCUGCCUGCCGACGCAGUUCAACAUCGGCAGUCUGGUCGAAGACCGUCAGUACGAGUUCCGCGUAUUCGCCGUCAACGAGGCCGGAAUCUCGCCGCCCUCGCAGAACUCGCAACAGGUCAAGAUCAAGGAUCCUAACCAACCGACGCCGCCGGAGUUCAUCAUUCCACUCAAACAGGUCAUGGGCGUCGAGCGUAAAAACGUUCAGUUCAUGUGCAAGGUGAGCGGUCACCCGGUGCCGGAGAUCCAAUGGUACAAGGGUACCCGGGAACUCCAUCAGGGCGCCAAGUACAGCAUGCUCAGAGACGGGGACAUGUACAUGCUCGCCAUCAACGACAUUUUCGGCGAAGACGCCGACGAGUACUGCUGUCGCGCCGUCAACGUCGCCGGAGCUCGAACGAGCCGCGCGGAGUUGCUCAUCAAAUCCCCUCCGCACCUAAAUGUACCUCCGCGCUUCCGCGACCUCGCGUGCUUCGACAAGGGUGAGAACGUUCAGAUCAAGAUUCCCUUCACCGGUUUCCCACGGCCGAAGAUCACGUGGUCGAAGGACGACGUCGAAAUCGAGAAGGGAGCUCACUUCGAGCUCCAGGUUCAGGAACGUCACGCGAUCCUCACCAUCAAGGACGCGUCUCAGCUGGACAACGGACCCUACCGAAUUGUGGCCGAGAACGAGCUCGGCGUCGAUUCGGCGGUCAUCAUCGUCCAGAUAUCCGAUCGCCCCGAUCCGCCCCGCCAUCCCGGGGUCGAGUCGUUCGACGAGACUUCCUGCAUCCUGAGCUGGCUGCCGCCCCUGUGGGACGGUGGAAGCCACAUAACGAACUACGUCAUCGAGAAAUGUGAGGCCGGAAUGUCGCACUGGGUGCGUGUGGCCAACACGCGUUUCCUCACGCAUAAGAUCACCGGUCUCAACCCCGGCACGCAGUAUCAGUUCCGAGUGUGCGCCGAGAACAUCUACGGCAGGAGCGAGCCGUCGGACACGAGCUCGCCCAUCACGACGCGCGCCACGAAGCAGAAGCGCCCCAAGAAGCAGGUCGAGGUCGACGAGAGCGGAAAGAAGAAGCGUGGCCAAUCCGAGGGACCAGUCAGCGAUUAUGAUAAAUUUGUACAAAAUAUGACAAGCAUUCCCGAGCCAGUAGAUAUCAAGACUUCUAGUGUGUACGACUUCUACGACAUCCUCGAGGAGCUGGGCACCGGCGCCUUCGGAGUCGUCCACAGAUGUCGCGAACGCAAGACUGGUAACAUCUACGCGGCCAAGUUCAUACCGGUCGCGAACCAGUACGAGAAGGCGGUCAUCAAGAAGGAGAUCGACAUCAUGAACCAACUGCUUCACCACAACAAACUCAUCCGGUUGCACGACGCUUUCGAGGACGACGACGAAAUGGUGCUCAUUUACGAGUUCAUGGCCGGCGGGGAGCUUUUCGAACGGAUCGCAUGCGACGACCAUCGCAUGACCGAGCCCGAGGUCAUCAACUACAUGCGGCAGAUCUGCGAGGGCGUGAAACACAUGCACGAGCGGAACAUUCUCCACCUCGAUCUCAAACCCGAGAACAUCAUGUGCACAAAGAAGACCGGCAACGAGAUCAAGAUCAUCGACUUCGGCCUAGCGACUCGGGUAAACCCCGACGAGAUCGUUAAGAUAUCCACGGGUACCGCCGAGUUCGCCGCGCCCGAAAUCGUCGAUAGGGAACCCGUAGGAUUCUACACCGACAUGUGGGCUUGUGGUGUUCUGUCCUACGUUCUGCUAUCGGGCCUGUCUCCGUUCGCCGGGAACAACGACGUGGAAACGCUCCGUAACGUGAAGAACUGCGAUUGGCAGUUCGAUCAGGACGCGUUCUCGGCCAUCUCGGACGAGGGCAAGGACUUCAUCAAACGCUUGCUCGUCAGGGACAAGGACAAGCGGAUGACCGCUCACGAGUGUCUGGAGCACGCGUGGCUCAAGGGACAGGCUAAAACUUCGGACAAAACCAUCAGCAGUAAUAAAUUCGUGCCUUUCCGCGACAGAAUGCGUGACCGCUACAGGAAAUACUGGGACAGCGCCAUUCUGCCGUUCGGUCACGCUGCCAACUACAGCUCGCUCCGAAAGCUGCAGGACAAGGCCUACCGGAUGGAGGACUUCAUCAUCGAUAAGCGGGAGCUCGCACCCCGCUUCAUCAUCAAACCGCAUUCUACGAUGGCGUACGAAGGCCAAGCCGCGAAGUUCCACUGCCGGGUAAUCGCUCCGUCCCCGGCGACGCUCACGUGGUAUCGCGACUCGGGAGAGCUGAGACAGAGCGUCAAGUACAUGAAGCGCUACAUGGGAGAGGAUUACACGUUCAUCAUCAACCGGUGUCGUCUGGACGACCGGGGCGAGUACAUAAUCAGGGCCGAAAACCACUACGGCUACCGAGAGGAACCGGUGUUCCUCAACGUGCACCCCAUGCCCCAACAGCUGCCGCAAUUCAAAAUCGAGGAACCGAUCAGGAAGCGAAGGGAACCUCUGCGCUACGAUCCCUAUGACGGAAAGAAAGACUGUGCACCGAAUUUCACUUUCCAUCUCCGGAACCGUGUCAUACAGUUGCAUCUCGGCGUCAAGCUGUUGGCCUGUCUCGACGAGAAGCCCCUGUGCGACGUGAAGUGGUUCAAGGACGGCCGUGAACUGUCGAAGUACGACGUGAAGAUGAGCCAUUCGGACGGGGUGGUGACCUGUGAGAUCGCAUCUUGUUCGCUGGAGGACGCCGGAAAGUACACAUGCAAAGCCACCAACGCUCUCGGAACCGCUGAAACGAGCUGUCACCUCCACAUCGAAGAUCGCAAGCGAUACGGGGUGCCGUCUUCAACAGAUAAACGAAGCCUCAAAUCAGCGUACAGCGCUAGCACCGAUCACUAUACGGGCUACUCAACGAGCAGUGACUCACGUUACCGGAGCGACUACAAAUCCACAUCUUCGUAUUCGUCGAGCAGCAACUAUCGCAGUAGUUCUGACUAUAGAAGCAGCUCAGACUACAGGAGCAGUUCGAACUACAGAUCAACGGACAGCACCUUAUCCUCCGCGGUUAGCAAGCUGUCGAGCGAUGCCGCGACGACCAGAGUACAAAAACCCUACGGAUCGACUUCAGGCUCGGCGGAUUCGACGAGUCCGUCUAGGACGCGAAAUCAGACCAAAGAACUCGAGCUCCCGGAGGAAGCUGCGAAACCAAAGUUCACUACGCCGUUGAGGGACCUGACCAUCAAAGAUGGCGAAUCUCUCACGCUGACUUGCGUUGUUUCUGGCGAACCUGAACCGAAAGUCAGUUGGUUCAAAGGCUCUGAGCCGAUCAACUCCUCCGACAUCAUCAGUCUAAAGUACAAGAACCGCGAAGCCACCCUCCACAUAGAUGAAGUCUAUCCAGAAGAUGAAGGAAUCUAUAUCUGCAAGGCCUCGAACGCUGAAGGGACCGCUGAAACAAAAUGCAAACUCACCAUCAGUGCAAUGGACAAGGACGAGUCCGAAGCCAAAGCUGACGCAUCCAAAGCCCCCCGAUUCGUGAAACACCUGAAGAGCGCCGUGGUGAAGGACGGCGAUAAGGUCACACUCGAAGCUACCAUUCGCGGAUCGUCCAAAUUCGAAGUGGUUUGGUUACAGAACGGGAAGGAGCUGAAGCAGAACAAGGACUUCAAGGCAUCGAGUGAUGGAGACCUCCACAAAUUAGAGAUCGCUGAGAUCUAUCCCGAGGACAGUGGAAUGUACACCUGCGAAGCUUUCAACGAUGCCGGCGAAUGCUUCUCGACCUGCACAUUGACGGUUCUAGUUCCCGGAGAGACCCUCAAGGGUCCUCGCUUCUCCAUUUAUCCCAGAUCUGCGACUUUCGCCGAGGGCCAAGAAGCCAGCAUUCGAUUCACGACGGAGAAGGAUCCCACAGCACUAAAGUGGACGAAGGACGGGAAGGAAUUCAAGCCCGAUGAGCGCAGGAAAGUCACCAAAGACGGACGCAGCUACGAGCUCAAAAUCGAAAAAUGUAACGCGUCCGACGUCGGUCAAUACUCGGCGGUCGCAGUAGACAAAUCCGGCGAAAGUCAGUCGUCAUUCUCUAUUAACGUAGUCACGGCCGACCGAGCUUGA